AUGCAUGUGGUGAUAUACUUUCUUUCAGAACCAAGCCCAACAUCGUCCGUAGUAGAUCCUAACAUAGCGGAAAAUCCGGCGUACAAGGAGAAAAUCCGUGAACUGCAGGUGUACCUCGAAACCCUCAAGAAACUGAUGGACCAGCAUCAAAAGGACGGUGCCGGAAGUUCUUUGUUUACCGGAGAACCGUUUUUUAGUGGAUCGGAAGCUGUACAGGAAGCUUGCGAAAGCGACGAGAACAACGAUCAGGUGAAAGUUCCAAUGAAUGUGCAGCGAGAGGUGGCUUUUCUAACAUCGCGGUUCAAGAUUGCCCUUGAAGGUCCGGAAAAAUCCAAGUCUCACACUCCGACCAUUCUUAGCAUUCUUUGUUGGCUAGAGGAUCCGUCUUUGCCGUUUCUUCCACCAUUGAGGCUUUUCGUUCCGAUCGAUUACCCGCACUCUAAUCCAAAGCUUGACAUGUGCUCCGCAAAUUACGGUGAGUUCGUGCAAUUGAUCCAUCAUAUGCUUCGUGAUAUUUGUUCACGGAAUAUCAGAAACCUGAAACCUGGACAUAUGCUUGAGAAGAUCAUUGGUAAACCAGUAUUCAGGUCUUAA